GGCCCUAUAGACAAAAUGAGUGAUCUGCUCGACGAUGGCUCUUUCAUGUUCACGUCGGAGUCCGUGGGAGAGGGACAUCCAGACAAGAUUUGUGACCAGAUCAGUGAUGCUGUCCUGGAUGCUCACCUGAAGGAGGAUCCAGAUGCCAAAGUGGCCUGUGAGACGGUGUGUAAGACCGGCAUGGUGCUGCUCUGUGGAGAGAUCACAUCUCGGGCCAACGUGGACUACCAGAAGGUGGUGAGGGACGCCAUCAAGCACAUCGGCUACGACAACUCCGACAAAGGUUUUGACUACAAGACGUGUAACGUGCUGGUGGCUCUGGAGCAGCAGAGUCCGGACAUUGCUCAGGGUGUCCACGUUGACAGACAGGAGGAGGACAUUGGAGCGGGAGACCAGGGUCUGAUGUUCGGCUACGCCACCGACGAGACGGAGGAGUGCAUGCCUCUCACCAUCGUCUUAGCCCACAAGCUCAACUCAAAGAUGGCUGAACUCAGACGCAACGGCACCAUCGCCUGGCUGCGUCCCGACUCUAAAACGCAGGUGACAGUACAUUAUGACCAGAAGGACGGAGCUGUGAUCCCCAAGAGAGUCCACACCAUCGUGAUCUCUGUCCAGCACGAUGACUGCAUCUCUCUGGAGGAGCAGAAGAGGGUGCUCAAGGAGAAGGUGAUUGACGCCGUCGUUCCUGCCAAAUAUUUGGACGACAAUACCAUCUACCACCUCCAGCCUAGUGGCCGCUUCGUCAUCGGGGGACCCCAGGGUGACGCUGGUGUGACAGGCAGGAAGAUCAUUGUAGACACAUAUGGAGGGUGGGGAGCUCACGGUGGCGGAGCCUUCUCUGGCAAAGACUUCUCAAAGGUGGACCGCUCCGCUGCCUACGCUGCUCGCUGGGUGGCCAUGUCCCUGGUCAAAGCCAAGCUGUGCAGGAGGGUUCUGGUCCAGGUGUCUUAUGCUAUCGGAGUGGCCCAGCCUCUGUCCAUCUCCUUGUUCACCUACGGCUCCUCCCAGAAAACAGAGUCAGAGCUGCUGCAGAUCGUCAACAAGAACUUUGAUCUGCGGCCAGGAGUCAUUGUCAGGGAACUUAACCUGAAGAGGCCGAUCUACCAGAAGACAGCCUCUUAUGGUCACUUUGGCCGACCAGAGUUUAGUUGGGAGAAGCCCAAAAAACUUGUGUUCUAA